AUGUCCACCGCUCCGGUGACUCCUCCACUCAAAGCUAAACCUUUCCGAGUUGCGCUCGUGCAAUUGGGUGGCAUCACGGGUGACAAGAGCCACAACUUGAAACAUGCUAAAGAUAUGAUCCUGAGAGCAGCUGCCGGUCUAAACUCGCAAGGGGGAAAACCAGGAUUAGUAGUGCUUCCUGAAUGCUUCAAUUCUCCCUACGGCCAUGUACACUUUCCCGAAUACGCGGAGACCAUCGGAUUCACUCCCGGUGAACCUUAUGAUGUCGAAUCGAGCGAGAGCGAGAGCGUGAAAAUGCUGUCAGCUGCUGCUAAGGAAGCUGGCGUCUGGUUGAUUGGAGGCUCCAUUCCGGAGCGAGAGGAAUCUACGGGAAACCUUUAUAAUACUUCUACCGUGUAUUCCCCGAAGGGUGAACUAAUUGCUUACCAUCGAAAAUUGCACCUCUUUGACAUCGACAUUCCGGGAAAGAUUACGUUUACUGAAAGUAAAACCCUCACUGGUGGGAAAGACAUAACGCAGUUUGAAACUGAUUUCGGACGGAUUGGACUGGGGAUAUGUUACGACGUUCGUUUCCCCGAAAUGGCUAUGAUUGCUGCACGUCAAGGUUGUAUCGCAAUGAUAUAUCCCGGCGCAUUCAACUUGACUACGGGGCCACUUCAUUGGGAACUUUUGGCUCGUGCUCGUGCGGUUGAUAACCAAAUAUACAUCGCGCUGUGCAGCCCUGCAAGGGAUCUCACCGCAGGGUAUCAUGCAUGGGGUCAUUCUUCAUUGGUCGAUCCAAUGGGAAAGGUCACAACAACUACAGAUGAGAAGGAGGACAUCAUAUACGGUGACGUCGAUCCCGACGUUGUCCAAGAGACACGGUCCAGCAUACCAGUCACUGUACAAAGACGGUUCGAUGUGUACAAGGAUGUGGCUGCCUGA